GGCAGGGCAACGUCAGUGCAGUGGGGGCCUGGGCUCAGUACAGAUUGGUUGGCUGCCGCGGGCACACGGGUCCGACGGGACAGACGGCACACCGCAGCAGCCCCCGACGCCGCGCUGCCCAAGGGACGCCGCCGUCGCCGCCCCGCGUCCCAUCAUGUGGCGGCUCCCAAUCCCCCCCAGGCGGCCCAUCCCGCUACCCUUCCCCUUCCUGCUUCUGCUCCUGCUCUCCUCUGUUGCCUUGCCAUGGGCGGCAGCAGAACCCGACCCCAAACCCAAACCCCAGGACGAUUACUACGAUGAGUAUGAGGCAGAAUAUGAAGACUAUGGCUACGACUAUAAUGAGGAAAUUGCCACCGAAGAGGGAAGCACGGAAUGUGAGUUUGAGGAUUACGGUGGUGUAUACGGCGAAGUUUAUCCGGAUGAAGUUUACAAUUACGAGGAUGGUUAUGAAAACUAUGAUCCUGAAGGCACUUCACCUGACUCCUUCGCCACUGAGGCUCCUCCCUAUGAUCCCUAUGCUGUCCCUGGGGCAACUUACGACUCCUUUGCAACAGAAUCUCCUUAUGAAACCUACGACCCCUAUGAUUACACCGAACCUCCUACCACUACCACUACCACUACCACAACUUCCACUACAACCACCCCUCCCCCUACUACAACCACCCCCACCACCACCACCACCACUCCUCGACCGCCGGCUCCAACAGUUUCUUAUGAAAGGGAGUCAUCAAGAGGGCGAAGACCUAGGCGUCGGAAGGGUGAACGCAGAGGAGUUGUUGAACGAGAACGGGAAGAGGAACCUCCCCCGGAUCUUGUUGGACCAACCCCUCCUGAGACCGGUUACGGCGCCUCCACUACCGGUGCAGAUGGCCCCUCUGGACCCCCAGGAGACCGAGGUCCCAUUGGUACCCCAGGUACACCCGGUACCCCGGGUCAACCUGGACCACCAGGACAGAUGCCAGACAUCACGCCAUGGCUGUCGCAGCUGUCACAGUCUCAAGGCGGAGAGAAAGGACCUCAGCCUGACCCUUUCAGUUACCUUCAAUCACAAGUUGGUCCCGUCGGCCCCAGGGGCACCCCAGGUGCUCCAGGUCCCCCCGGCCCCCAGGGUUUCCAGGGGAUGCGAGGUGAACCUGGGGAUGCAGGUCCUAGCGGUCCCUCAGGCCCUCCAGGACCACGUGGGAUGCCCGGAAUCCCUGGAAAAGAUGGUGAGAAUGGAGACGACGGCGCGGCAGGUCCCCCAGGUUCUGUAGGCCCCCCUGGUCCACGCGGUCUUCCCGGUAUGCCUGGUCUGCCUGGCGUAAAAGGUCACCGUGGCUUCCCCGGUCUGGACGGAGCUAAGGGAGAACAGGGACAGCUGGGUGACAAGGGCGCCUCUGGUCCAGGUGGUCCGCCUGGUCCCAUCGGUCCUAUGGGUUCGGCUGGUCCUCGGGGUGAACGCGGCCGGGAGGGUCCUCCAGGUCCUCCAGGUCUAAGAGGUAUCGACGGCAUCGGUGGUCCUCCUGGUCCCCCCGGGCCUCCCGGCAAGUCUGGCCCGCCUGGCUUCCCCGGAAGCGCUGGAGCUAAAGGUGACCAGGGUGUACAAGGAUCCAAGGGCUCCCAAGGUCUUCAGGGUCCUCGAGGUGAGGCCGGAAAGCCCGGUUCUCCCGGUUCUUCUGGUUCCCAGGGGGCUCCUGGAAAGGAUGGUUUGCCCGGAGAGAAGGGUGCACCUGGUUCCCAAGGAGACUCAGGGCCCCCAGGGUUCCCAGGCGCCCGAGGGCCCUCAGGGUUACCCGGCAGCCCCGGCAUGCCAGGCAACAAGGGAGAAAGGGGUCUAGCUGGAGCGCGUGGCUUUAAGGGAGAACUGGGAAUGAAGGGAGAAGGUGGUACCCCUGGCCCUCGAGGGCUGCCAGGAGCCCCCGGAUCCCCCGGCAAACGCGGCAAGAGAGGUAUGCGAGGACCCCCAGGUGGAGUUGGCCCCCAGGGUGAACGUGGACCCACGGGAGGCCGUGGUCUUCCUGGUGCUGAUGGACCCCCAGGACCUAAAGGUCAAAGUGGCGACCCUGGCCCCUCUGGCACCACCGGCCAGAAGGGUCGUGAAGGUAACCCUGGUCCUCCCGGCCUUCCCGGCCGCCAGGGCCUGCGAGGACCCACCGGUCUCUCUGGUCCUUCAGGCAAAACUGGGCGUCCUGGUAGUCGUGGUCCUCCUGGUGCAGAUGGCAAACCUGGCGACCAAGGACCUCAGGGCAUCCAGGGUCUUCCUGGACCUAUGGGACCUCCCGGACCAGUUGGACCAUUAGGAGAAUCUGGCAAGGACGGCAACCCCGGCGAGACCGGUGCCACCGGCCCCCGAGGUGACCCAGGGAAGGACGGGGCUCAGGGGCCUCCAGGUGUGUCGGGACCUACAGGUUCUCCGGGUGAACGAGGUCCUCCAGGCUCCCCAGGAGCUCGAGGUUUCCAGGGUCUGCCUGGAGCCUCUGGCAUUUCUGGUGCCAAUGGAAAGGAUGGAGAGUCUGGUCUGCAGGGCCCUCGAGGUCUGCCUGGUGGUGCUGGUCUCCGCGGUCAGCGAGGCUUCCCCGGAGAACGAGGAGCUCAAGGUCCCCCAGGAGAAACAGGAAAACGUGGAGAAGCGGGUCAACUUGGCUCCGAUGGACCCUCUGGUCCUCCCGGUCCCGCAGGCCAAAAGGGUCAUUCUGGCCCCUCUGGUCUUGUCGGUCUUCCAGGUGGUCGAGGACCUCACGGUCUUCCUGGAGAGAAAGGUGAACGUGGAUCUGUGGGACGAGUUGGCCCUGAGGGACCGCCAGGUCGCCAGGGUGACCAAGGCCCUCAGGGUAUUAUGGGCCCAGUGGGACCUCCAGGAGAACCUGCAGAAAAGGGAGACCCAGGUCCUCCAGGACCUCCUGGCGAGCCUGGUGCCAACGGUAUGACGGGAGAGCGAGGCUCUCAGGGUGAACAAGGUCUUCAGGGCUUCCCUGGACCAAUUGGACCCCCUGGCAACUCAGGACCUAAAGGACAGCGUGGUCUUCCCGGUCAAAAGGGAGCUCAAGGUAAUCCUGGUUUAGUAGGACAGCCUGGAGAAUCCGGACCUCAGGGUCUUGCUGGACUGACGGGUGCAAAAGGACAACGAGGUGAAGCUGGACAACGUGGAGAGAUUGGUCUUAUGGGUCCUCCCGGACGACCCGGCAACUCUGGCACACCUGGAACCCCAGGUGACCAAGGACCUCCUGGCGCAAGUGGCAACCCUGGGAUCAAGGGAACCCCUGGUGACACCGGUCGCCCUGGCCUACCCGGACCAACUGGUCAGCCUGGCGCCCCUGGACCUGAAGGAUCCAAGGGUGAUGCUGGCCCCGAGGGUCGCCCCGGCUCUGUGGGACAACCUGGCCCUGUUGGACCAUCAGGAGAGCGUGGUCUACCUGGCCUCCCUGGCCCACCUGGUCCUCCUGGUCUCCGAGGAAAACCUGGCGCUCGCGGAGAAACUGGUGCGGAAGGCAGACGUGGUGAUGAAGGUCCCGUUGGUCCCCCUGGGUUGGCUGGUGCUGUUGGUCCUAUUGGUCCUACCGGUGACACAGGUGCCCCUGGUGCUGACGGUAAGCCUGGACCCCCUGGUAUUUCUGGUCGCACUGGAGACAAGGGCCCGUCAGGUUCCCCAGGACCACAGGGCAGUCCCGGACCCACUGGAUUACCCGGCCCCCGUGGUCCUUCUGGACCCAUCGGACCUACAGGAGAACGCGGAGAACGUGGAGAGGUUGGUCCACAGGGCGUGGAGGGCGGCCCAGGUCUCCGAGGCAAGCCUGGUGCACCAGGGUCACAAGGGGAGAAGGGAGAAACCGGCGCAUCAGGUCCAAAGGGUGCCAAGGGACACCGUGGUCUUAUUGGUCUUCAGGGUCUUCCUGGACCCCAAGGUCCCAAUGGUGACAAAGGUGUUCCUGGUGUUGCUGGUCCACCUGGUCCUAGUGGUGAGCCUGGACAGAAGGGUCCACCUGGUCGUGAUGGAGGCAUUGGUCCUCAGGGUAUUAUGGGUCCACCUGGUCCUCGCGGUCCUAGUGGUGAAGAGGGCCGCCAUGGUCCUCCUGGAGCAUCAGGUCCUUCUGGUCCGCCUGGUCCACCUGGUGAGUCUAUGGGCUAUGAUGCUGCAGCACUGGCAGCACUGCUGGGACAGGGACAGGCUAAGGGCCCAGAUCCUCUACAGGGCGACGAUUCUGACCUUCCAGCGCGUCUCUUUGGCAAGGAAAUUACUGACGAUGAACGACGUGAGCUCAUCACCAAGGCUUACGAACAACUCAAGACAUCUUUCAAGAAGUUCCUGAGACCAGAAGGCACAAAGGAUUCUCCAGCCAAGACUUGUCGUGAUCUGGCUUAUACACACCCAGAGCUGCCAAGCGGGGAGUACUGGGUGGACCCCAACGAAGGCGACACGAAGGACGCUAUUGUAGUACACUGCGACAUGGAGCAGAAGUCGACGUGCGUCCUGCCUCAGCCUGACAUGACUCAGGAGUUCAACUGGCAGGGAGAAUCUCGUGGCCUCAUCUGGCUCGGAGAUGACAUUCAACCAGGAUUUGAGUUCACGUAUAAGGCGGACGGCAACCAGAUGCGGUUCUUACAGCUGCUAUCAUCGGAGGCGUCGCAGCAGCUUACUUACCACUGCAAGAACUCCGUCGCUGUGUUUAAUGCCAGGAAGAGGAACCUGCGUAAAGCCAUGCAGAUCAUGACCAGCUCAGACACACAACUUAAAGCCAUAGGAAAUAGGAAGUUUAAAUACAGAGUUAUAGAAGACGGCUGUAAGAGGGGACACUCCACCUGGGCGUCCACCAAGAUCGAGUACCGCACAGACAAGCCUCAGCGAUUACCCUUCGUCGACAUCGGGCUACGGGAUGUGGGCAGAGCAAACCAGUCCUUUAAGAUCGAGCUGGGACCUGUGUGCUACUCGUAGGACUCCCGCCAAGCCGUUAUAGAACCAGCGACGAGAGCAGUGGCUGGAGGUGCCGUGUGGGGGGUGUGAUGAACAAUAUAGUGACGAGUGUUAAGUGGUGAUGAUGAUGGUGAUGAUGGUGAUGAUAAUGAUCGAUGAGGAAAUAUUCACAGGGGCAUGAUUGUCGUUAUACAUGACAGCCUAGAAUAAAGAAAAGUGUGUUAAGACUCGUCUCUAAGAUCGUCUCCUGCACGCGGCCUCUCCUUCCCUGCUUUCUCUCUCGCUAUCUUGUUGAUUGUAUCAUUAUAAUUUUAUAUUAGGAUAACCGCUCGCCGCUCUCUUUUUUUCCAUUCUAUAUUUCCAUAUUUUCACAUUGCUCUUACCUUCACUUUUUCCUCUUACAUCAUUAGGUUAGAAAGACAUUGACGAAUAAAUAAAAUACAAAGCGCCAUCGAAAUACAAAUAUGUGUAAAGUGUUUGAUAAUAAGAACUGUGGUAUAAGGAGAAAAGGACUCUUUAACUGUGUACAUUUUGUAUAAUAAUAAUAAGGAAUAAUAAUGAGGGUUUUUGGUCGACUCCAGACACACAAUCGGGAUAAAAAAAAAAUAUUUGACUAUAAUUUUUUUUUGUAAAUUUACCAAAAUAAAAAAGAAGGGUAUUUA